AUGAAAGAGCGGAUUGUUGUGAUUGGAGCAGGCGUGAUUGGGCUCACGACGGCGCUGACGCUCUCUCGGCGCGGGUACUUGGUUUCCCUAGUGGCGAAGGAGCUGCCUGGCGACGAGGCGCGGUUCUACACGAGCCCGUACGCGGGGGCGUUCUUCUACCACCUGGACUCGCUGGCCAGCAAAGGCUGGCUGGCGCAGCUGCAGGACAUUGCGUCGUACUACGAGUUUCUGCGCGUUGCCCAGGAGCCCGGCUCGGGCGUAGCGGAGCGCGUCGCCGAGGUGUACGUGCCGCGGAUGUCGAUGACGGAGACAGGCUACGACGGGCCGUGGUUCAAGGACGUGGUGAGAAAUUACGAGGUGAUCGACCCCAAGGAGUACCCCGCGGGCGCGGCCGGCGACGACAUUGUUUUUGCGUUCAGAUAUACGGGAUUCACCAUCAAUCCGGUGCAGUAUCUGCACUAUUUGCUGUAUCGGUGCGCCCAGAGCGGCGUUAACUAUGUCAGGCGCACGGUGGGCAGUAUGGAGGAGGCCAAGACGCUGUUUCUGGACGGGGACGACUUUGUGGAGGCCGAUCUGGUCGUCAAUUGCGCGGGGAUCCACGGGUUUGACCUCAACAGCGCGGAUAAGGAGAACCGGCUCCCUGUCAAGGGCCAGACGCUGCUGGUGGAGAACGUGGCGCGCAAGCUGAUCAUAGUCGAGGCGAUGGAUGCGGCGCAUGCUUCGGAAUCGCUCUACGUGGUUCCGCGGGCCGGUUACGGGACGCUGCUGACGGGGACGUAUCUGUACCACGACGACUCGCCCGACGUCGAUGCGGGAUUGACUGAGAGAAUAAGAAAGCGGGCUCUGCGGUAUGCGCCGGAACUUGUGGACCCGGGCUUCAUGAAGAAUCCAGAGCAGCUGGUCGAGGUGCGCCAGUUUGUCGGUAUCCGUCCGGGCAGGCAGGGCGGAGUCAACGUGUCCAGAGACGGCUGGCGGAUCCACAACUACGGCUCGGCCCACUCGGGCUACCAGAACUCGUACGGGCUGGCCAACCGGGUUGUCCGUCUGGUGCAGGAGCGGGCACUGAAAAGCAGACUGUGA